ACGAACAUCGGGAAAUCGAUUUUCCAAUAAUGUUAUCGAAUUUUGUGUGUACUCAACAGAGAGGAUUAAUGCAUGCUACAUUUUAGCGACGCCAUAGCGAAUUUAUUAUGCUUAACAUAAAAGGUUGGCAAUAUCUGGCCUAAUUUUGCAGAUUUUAAGGCAAUAUUCGGCAAAUAACUUCGUUAUUCGGAUAAAACGUUUUCGGAUAAGAAAGAUAUGAAGUUAAGAUUUGAAGUGCGUGGCUAAAGGCCAGAUGCUACCAGUUAACUUGGACAACAGAGCACCUUACUGGUUUUCAGUGGGUUGUAGAACUCUCCAUGGGCAUGAAUUUCUUCUCCGAUUUACUUUACUGGUGUCAGGCGGAAAGGCUUGAGUGCCUCGAUCGACCCUAAAGGAGUGUACUGUGAGAUGCUACUAUACAGUGACGACAAGUUACGUCAAAACCUUGGUGCCCUGACAGACACUGCAGCAUGUCGGAAAGUGCUCCAGCUUGUGCUUAAACAGGAGAUUCUCCACCUGCUGCAGAGGCUGUCGGAUGCGGGCGAGGAGAGUGUGCUGCUGGUUGCGGGCGUCCAGGAUGGCUCCCGAUCCGUCCUUGCCUCCACCAGGGGACAACAUUUUGUCAGAGAGCCUGCCACAGUUACGGGUGGAGUUGUCUCCGUGUGUAUGAAGCAGUUCAUCGAGUACCUACAUCUACAACAUGACAAAAGUAACCAGCACGUCAACAGCAAUAGGGAGACAGAAUCUAGCACUGACCGGAAACCAGUGCGCUGUAUUUCCCAGUCGCCACCCACUCCUAGGCCACGAGGCCGUCCGCCAAACUCGGAGAGGUUCGCAAAACUGGAUGAGUUCGGGCAGGAACAGAAGACAGAUACCGUCAUUGACAAAACUGUGUCCAUAUUAGUGAAAAAUAUUCUAACCGAGGGGCGGCGCCGGGAACAGGAAAGCAUGUUUGAGUACGAGAGACGCAGCGACCAACCAGAAUACCAGCACAAGCGCAAGCUGGGUGACGGCCACCCUGACCUUGCUGAUAGAGACAGUUGUGGGAAGAAAAUGAGAAUUGCAGAGUUUUUCCCCGCUAUAUCGUCCCAGUUAAGUUCUCCUGAUGCGGGUAUUGUGAAUGUAAGAAGUGAACGACUGUGGGAUAAUGACAAUACUAGGAAUACUGACGAUAACAACAGUGUAGGGCAGGCUUCCGAGGUAGGUAGCUCCGUAGAAAGCACCAUUGUGGUCAAGACAGAGCCGCUAUCAGACACAGAGUAUGAAUAUGUGUUAGAUAAAAACGUUGGCGAGGUUUCUAAUAAACAUUCUGACAAACUAGAUUCACAAAGUAAUGCUAAUGGAACUGAAGAUGAUGUCAAUGAAGACACUGCUUGUGAGGACGAUAAAAGUAAUCGCAGGAAACAAGAUAUAAGUAAAACGAGGCUCAAUAGUGCUGGAUCAAAAACAACUUCAGACGAACUGUCGGAUGAAAGUAGGACUUCUGUUGCUCAUAAGACUAUACAUAUCGAGGAGGACGAUAUUGACCUACCGUUUGUGGAGGAUUAUUACACGACGUACUUCGGCAGCAGCGAGGAGGCUGUUACGGGAAACAAGUUUCGACGGCGGAUGAACUUCCCACGGAAGAGAGUUGGCUAUGGAGUUGUCGAUAACCAGGACGGUUGCGGUCUCUCGUACACGCGGGCGUCGAAGGCUGGUCACUACAACCUUGUGCACGACGGCUUCUUCUACAUCCGGGACAAGGUGGGUAAGAGCGGCACGGUCUACUGGAAGUGCAAGUCGCCGGGCUGCCGGGGCCGCGUCAUCAAUAGGUUCGGGGAGAUCACAAUCUCCAAGGAACACAGCGGCGUCUGUAGCUAUCUGCAGGCCAUGGGAGAGGGCGGCGUCAAGCUUGAGGCGGCGGAGGAUGAUGACGUCAAGGUGGAGUGGAACGAAAGUGACGAAAUGGAAGAGAGUAGACGGGACACAAGAAAGGAAGGAGACGGGAACGUCAUCAGGAAGAAAGGCGCUCGAGGAGAACCCUCAGACACAACCUCAGUGAUGGACCUGGUUCGUGCGUCUCGAGUCAAUGCGGAUUCAUGACGUCACACUAUGAACUAUAUUCGUUAUGGUAAUUCAUGAACGUUCAAUGAUUGCACAUUGUAUAAGUAUCACAUAGGCCGAGUUAGGUGUUCACUGCUGGAUGAUUUGCUACUAUGUAGUGCUGGUUGUGACAUGCCUACAUGAAUAUGUUUAUGUUGUUUUCGAGUUCUUUCUGUGUAAAAGUUUCGAUUUCAGUUUUGUUGAUGUAAAUGUUUAUUCUUGUUGUUAUUUUUGGCCUAUGGCAACUAUACAGUGUAAAUAACCCGCCUGUGAAACAAGGUAUAUUGAGCUUCAACUCCGCAUAGGGGUCCGUAUUACAAAAGCAUCUUAGAAAAAAAUACUUGUCAGUUUAACUUAAGUGAAAAAUUGUAUCUUUUUUACACUUUUUGAAAUAGUGUUUUGUUUUAUUUUUAAAUACUUAGAUUCCAUAUUGUUAUUGCAGAAUAUACUCUCAGUGUUACACUUUCCACCAGUGAAAUAGAACAGUUAAGAAAAUUGUUGAAUUUCAGGAAGGGGUACAAUUUUAACUUUAGAUGCUUCUGUAAUACGAUCCCUGAUUCAUCCAUGUGGUAUAGCUAGUUAUUGUGUUCGGUGUCUUUCAACUAACAUUUAGUUAUGCUCAUUUCAUUCCCAUUUUUGCUUGUUAGCCCACCGAAAGGUGUUCAGUUGGAAUAAAAGUCCUCCUUUAAUUACUUGAGUGCUUCAUGUAAUACUAAAAUUGAGUUUAUUGUUAUACAUGCAGGGUUAAACAGUUUUUAAAGCAUGGGCUACUACAGCUUGGCAUUGUGUUGUCGAUUAUUUUAUUUUAUGUGUACUUGUCAAACUGUGUUUUUGUCAUACUAUCGAGCAGCAGCAUUUAGGUGUAGAAUUUAUCUAUCUGUAUUGAUUCAAGUGUCAAUUUGAAUGUAUUAAAAACGAUAAAACUUGA